UGAUAAUGAUUUUUAUAAAAAAUGGCCCUGGAAUAUUUAUGUUCCUCUUUGCCUAUUUAAUGCUUCUAAUAAUAAACUUCAACGUCGUCGUUACCGCUCUUUAUGACCAAUGGGUGCAAGGAGGAUAUGUACAGUAUAUUGUCAUUGCUAUUUUUCAAUUUGAAGCUGCUAUGGUGAUCUGGAGCCAUAUUAGUUGUAUGACAACUGACCCUGGCUACCUUAAGCAAAAUUUAAAAUAAAAUCCAAAAGGAGAGAUUACAGUCAAAAGAGCUUGUUGAAUACAUAAUCGUUCAAAAGCUUCUUGAACAACGAAAGAAGGAAAGAGAGAAAAAUAAUGAGAGUUCUUCAAUGCAAAGAGAGAGCGAACAAGAUGAUCUAGAACUCCCUCUUUUACAGGAAUACAAAGAAGCAGAUGAAGGACUUGAUCGUUACACUAAGGAAAAACUUAAGGCUAAGUAUUUAAACUACUGAUACAUCUGAGAGAGCCCAAAACCUCCUAGAGCUCACCACUGUAGAGUCUGUAGAAGAUGUAUCAUAAAAAUGGAUCAUCAUUGCCCGUGGAUGAACAAUUGCAUUGGAUUGCAGAACAUGAAAAUAUUUAUGGUACUUCUUGCCUACUCCUUCAUACUUACCAUGACAAGCUUAAUAAUCUAUGCCAUAUUCUUAUCAAAGUGAGUACGAGAAGAGUGAAAGGUGUUCGAUGACCUUCCUGGCAUAGUUUUCAUCUUUGUGAUCGGUGGAAUAAUAUCCCUCACCUUCGCUGCUUUCACAAUAAUAAUGUUCAUCUCAAUGAUAUCAGUAAUCAGAAAUGACACCACUACAAUUGACAUUCUGAAGAAAGAGUGCAUCGAUGCCAGGAAAUCUCCAGCAGAAUGCAUGAGAGAAGUCUUUGGUGGCAAAUUCUCAAUUCAUUGGUUCCUCCCAACCAAGCCCCAGUUCGAUCUCUCCUUGGAGAAACAGUACGAGUAGAUUUAUUCAUUCUAUUUGUACAUCUUAA